AUGCAAAAUAAGAAUAACAUCAACCACCGGUACAAAUGUUUGGAGUGCCUGCCUCCGGAGUGGGCUGCCCGCGCUGGUUCUGCGCCGCCGCCGCCUCGUUUCGCUCCCCCGUCGGAUCUCUGGGCGGAGAAUCUAACAGUUCCAACCAAGACCCCAAGACCAUGGGAGGCGGACGUUCAACUACCAAUAAAUUCACUACAAGGCCCCUUUGCUACGUUUCCAACCGGCAGCCUGGCCAGAGUGCGGAGCGGCGACUCGAUGCCCUUCCGGUUUUUCUAAAGCACAGCGCGGGAAACCUGCGUCCUUUGGAGGUGCCGGUAUGCGGAAACUGCGGUGCAGCAACACGGAGAGUUAG